AUGGCUAUGGACGGGUUUUUGUCUGAUCCGAUGGACCACGACAUCGCCACGAAUGUCGUCACCCAAGACGCCGAAUACGGAACACCGGUCCACCAAGAGCGUGGGUACUAUCGUGAUGCAUUGCACCGCGGCACGGAGGCCUGGCUCAUAUUCGUAAAGGCAAGGCUCCUGGCUCUGAACUGUACGCGAGGUGCCAUCGUGGACUCUGCCGUCCUUUAUUAUGCCGAUGCACGCAGCGACCCGAUGGUCCAGAUGCUUACAGCUGGCCGAAACGACACACCGGCCUGCUCCGAUGUGUCCGCAGUCGUCAGCCCUCAGUUCUCAACCUUUGUUACAUCUGAGCACAAGCAGAGCGACGUUGACAAUGACCGGCGUACGAGUGAAGGAGAAGAGAUAUAA